GUGGUGGCAGAGACCCCAAACUCCACAACCAAUUACUGCAUAAAGACCUAGACUUAAUACUCGGAUGCAAGCUGUCAUUUUUAACGCUUGUAAGCACAUGUACGAGAUAACUUGUAACCUCAUCUUGAGGACAGUGGUACCCCGUACACCUGCAUAAACCCCCCAUUUGAUAAUUUUCGGGUCUGUUGUUUGUAUGUAUGUGGAGCAUAUUUACAGGGGUCAACUUUCAUGAGCCAAUUAUCAUGCAGCAUUUGAUGAAAAUAACCCCUUGACAACUGUGGGUGACAACAUGUAGGUGAAUCUUUUCUAUUAAUCUAUACAUUUUCCAGCAAGUGGCAGGGAACAUUGUAUGAAUAAAGGGUAGAAUGUAUUCCACUAAAUAUCAGUAAAUUCAAGAUGCAAUUUCAUGGGGACAGACAAAAAACGGAAGCCUAAAAGGCAUGUUCUACUGGACAAUGAUUCAAAGCUUGCCUCAAUUUGCACCAUGACGUAACACAUUAAAAGCAAAUAUUAGCGUUUGGAUGCCCUGCAGUCCCAAAUCAGGAUUGAUAAUCUGUGGGUAACUUGUAAACAGGUGCAUACAAGACACUACACGUGUCAUCUGCAUGGAGGAGUGGUUGAAAAUUCAUAAAUAAGUCUUUUCUGUUAAAGAGGAGGGUUUUGAGAACAUAAUGCUGAGUUUAAAAAUCCUUCAAACAUAAAAUAUGAAAUGAAAAUAUGAAAAUGUGAAACAUCAACAUCAACUUCUCUAUUACCACCUAAGCCUAAACGUCAUGUGCAAAUCUUUUUAAAACAUUUUGAGUGCAACUGUAUGUAGAAUGGUAAUGUGUAAAAAUAGCUAGUCGUACAUUUAAACUAUGAAAAUAGCUCUAUACUGUAGUAGGCUAUAGUUCACUGUUAGUAAAGGUGCUCCCCCUUCUACUUCUUUGAACAGCUACGACAUACAGUAACGGUUUCUGGUAGUUUGGGAAAAAUAACUGUUUAGAAAUGGAAAUGCUCGACAUCCUUCUCCUGCGGUUUAAGAAAAUGUCCCAAAUAAUUCGCUUUAAACUAAAUUAACGGCCUCCUCCCUCUUUCACUUUUUUAUUCGAAUGAGCCCUAUAAAACCACAGAAGUGGAGAUGGAAGACAAACCACAUAAGAUCGACUGGAUCUACAACCACAUCAUAAGCAGUUCAGCGAAUCUACAGACAGAAUGGUACUUCAGAGCUUCACCUGGGCGACCAUCAUCCUCUGCUUUGUGCAUGUCAGCGCAGUACCCAUUACAUGCGGACUCCAAAGAAGAUUGGUAGACAAAUCCCACAGCCUACUAGAGAGCAUGAGUGGUCUCUUUCCUGUGGAGUGCCUUGAGCAUAAUCUUCCAAUUGCAUUCCCGUCCUCUGCCUUUAAGACCUCUGAGACAGCAGAAAGUGGUGGUGCAGAGAAGGCGGCUUAUGAAACUCUCAAAUUGAUCGACACUCUGUUUGCCAAUGACUCAAUGCCGACCAGCUGGAACAAUCUUGAUGAUUUCCAGGACAUUAUUUACCGUCAGAUUGAGGAGAGCGAAUGCAUUAUGAGCAAAACUCAAUCAUCUCAGGAGGAUUCCCCAGCUAGAAAUGCAACGCUGAAAAUGUACUUUGACAAAAUAGCAACAGUUUUGAAAGAAAAGGAAUCCAGUGAUUGUGCGUGGGAGGUGGUUCGAAAGGAGAUAUUAUACACACUCAAAUUUAUUCUCCAGAGCUCCAACUACCUUAUUUAGUCAAGAAGCAAUGUGAAAACAGAUCUAUCUAUUUGUCUGUCUAUAUAUUUAUUUAUUUAUUGAAUUAUGUAUUUAUUAUUUAUCUAGAUGCCAAUUUUGUACAAUGCAUAUUUAUAUUUAUUCAGCACUUUUUCCAAAACUUUGAAGAAUUUUUUUUCAUCAUCAAUUUAUCUAUUUAUUGGUAUAGUUUUUUACCACGUGUCUAUGUAGUCAUAUACGUGUAUGCAUGUAUGUAUUUUUUUGAAACAUCU